AAAAUCUUUCUUUAAAACAAGAACGUGCAUUUAAUAUGACGAGCGAGGAUAUUAUCGACAAUGAGGAUGGACAGAUGGGGGCAGGAAAUAAAAGAAACACUUUUGAUAAAGUGUGUGAGACAAUUUGUCUGGCUUUAACUUUCGUAGCAUUGUCAGCAUAUGCUGAAAUUUACGGACCAACAUUGAUAGACUUAAAGAUAAAACUUGAUGCUGAUUACGAGGAAGUGGCUGUUGCAGUUUCCGGAAGGAGUGUUGGUGCCUUUCCCGGAAGUAUCAUGGCCGGGUUUCUCGUGGACAGAUUUAGUGGUCACUGCCACCUUUUGAUUGCUAUUGGCCUUGACCUUGCGGCUUUUGCUACUGCAGCUAUACCAUGGUCACCCAAUUUGACGUGCUUGUGGGGUUUCUGUUUUAUUGGUGGCAUUGUGGAGGCGUUCAUUAAUAUAGUAAGCACGCGAAUUUUGUUCAACAUUUGGCAAGGUAAAUCAGCCCCGUUUCUGAUGUUUGUACAUCUAGGUUAUGGUAUUGGCUCAUUCUGUGUGCCCAUUAUCUCUAGCCCCUUCUUGGCAGAAACAGAGUCCAUGCAUUCUGCUGUGAAUGAAACAUUAGAUAACAAUACUACUACAGGAAAUGAAACUCUCUUAUUUGUAGACAAAGUGUCAGAAAACACAAAAAUACACAAUGUACUUCAUAGUGAUUCAAAAAUUGAAUAUGCGUACGGUAUUUCCGCGUGUUUUGCUGCACUGGUAUCGAUUGCAUUUUACUUUUUUCAAGUUCGUGAGUCAGAUUGUAAGGUUAAUGGAACCAUAGAUGGAAACCAAACUCGAACCGAUAACCUAUCGAAGAACAUAGAUAAUCGGUCUAUCAAGGAUAUUGUCAAUCCGGCUACGUGUGCAAAUGGCAGAAUUUGUUACGGAUCUUCCAUCGUGUUUUUAGUAGUCAUUUAUCUUGGAAAUAAUGCAGGGGCGGACAAAAUGAUUGGAAAUUUUAUUCGUAGUUUUGCUAUAGACCAAUAUGGAAUAGGCGCAGACUUAGCGUCUGCGUUAAAUACAGCUUACUGGAUCACAUUUUCAGUAGGCAGAUUUGUUUUUAUUUUCCUUGCACGUUGCAUACCUAUCAGAGUUUUAAUAAUAAUCCAGACAUUUGGAAUGGCUGUCUCGGCUGGGUUAUUAUUUCUAUUUGCACAAAACUGCUCAACUUUAUUUUGGAUAUUCAUACAAUUUCUCUCGUUCUUCGGUUCAGCUGUUCUGCCAACUGCCAUUGCAUGGACUGAGUACCAUAUCAAGCUGACAGGUCUGGUUAUGAUGAUGCAGAUUUUUGGCAUGUCAGUCGGGGGGAUAUGUCAUAUGCGUCUUAUCGGAUAUCUCUACGGUCAUCUCGGACCGAAGUCAUUCAUUUACCAGAUCCUAGGCUACGGAGUUCUUCAGUUUAUCUUGGCAGUAGGUAUAAACAGCGUCGGUGCUAUACAUGGUAAGCGUCUCGCCGAUUCAUCUGAAUUAAAGAUAGAGGUAAAGACGAUCGCAAAGACCGUAACACACCCGAAUCUAAAAAGAGAUCAAACGAUUGAACUGACAUAGAAUUUUUUCGUAUUACACAACAGAAGAUAAACCAAGAAUGACAAUAUAAAUUACAACAUGGUUUAUGUCAUCAAUAGAAAAGAAAUUAUUUUGACCCAGACAAAAAUUGUUAUUUGUGCGUGAAAGUAAUUAUAACAAAUAAAAAUGUACAUAGAUAAUAAGCAUAGAUUGGAUUGAAUAUGCAGUAUUGUGACUGAAAUGUCAGAAAUCAGUCAGCAUAAUUUGUCUGUCUUAUUUUCAUAUAUUAAUUUGUUAAACAUCUGUAUAUUAGUAAUUAUUAUUAUUAAAUAUUAUACGCAUUGCACUUUCGUUUUG